AUGGGAACUCCGGUUGAAUUCUGGACCAUGGAGGAGCUGGAGAAAGUAUUGUGUGGUCUUCGUGUGAGUCAGAUGGCACAUACGUACGAGGAUCUGGAAGCAAUCACACAUCUGUUAGAAGAGAAACAAAAUGAUUUGGAAUUGGCGGCAAAGAUAGGGAAAAACUUGUUGGACAAGAAUCACGAACUUGAACGACGUUUAUCGGACGCGGAGAAAAAGUUGAUAUCCACGGAGGACACAAUCAGUCAGCUCAGACACGAUUUGACCAUACGAGACAACCUGCUCCAGAUCUAUUCCCGUGAUCAUCAGGAGGACGAUCGAACCAGUAUCUCAUCCGGUUGGAUGUCCCCAGUACCCCCUACUGGCGCUGUUUCGGACAGUACUGAAGGAUUUUCCCUGGCCUCAGUCAAUUUUUCACAGCUGCAUCAGAAAUUGCGGGAAUUAGAAGAAGAGAAUUUCGUGCUACGCGAAGAGGUAAGUAAGCUAUUUCAGCUUUGCCCGGAGCGAUUCUGA